CUCCCAGAAAUCACAGCGUUUUUUUCCCAUUAUUGUAUUACUUUUUCCUCAAAAGAAGGCAUACACUUGUUAAAAUAUUGUCGGACGAAACUGUUUAUUUUCGUAUUUGGCAGUUAAGUUUUGCGUUUAUAGUACGCCUAGCUUGAAUCGAAGAAUAGAAUGAACUCGUUAAGAUACGAGCUACUGCAUGAGUAGCCACAUGCUAGCUGACUGAAGCUUGUUCCUCUGCCUUUUGGCCAUCAUGGUGAAGCCACACUUUACUCAUUGACUGGCUGCACAAAAAGCUGCAAGCUUAGAUGCACUUCUUGAAUUCUGAGCGUUGAAUCGAACACUCGAGAUGGAGGAAGUUGACAAAAUCUUGAUACACGCCCUAAAACAAGUUGGCACAGAGCUGAGUGAGGAAGUUGCUAGCAUCAGAGACUUCACCAGUGAGCUAAUAGUGGAGGCAGUGGUGAGAUGUAUCCGGGUAAUCGACCCUGGCUUGGGCAAUGUGCUGCCAACCACCCUCCCGCCUGCUAUGUCGGCUCGUUUCAGAGUGGGCAUGAGUCUGGCACAAGCAUGUCAGGACAUUGGUUACAAAGGUGAGAUAGGUUAUCAAACCUUCUUGUACAGCAGUGAGACCGAGAUCCGCUCCCUGCUAAUGUUCCUUGUGGAGAAACUGCCUCGAGAAAGUGCUGAGGCUUCCGAUCAGCCGACAGGAAAAUCAACCAUUCUUCAGAGGGCUAUUGCUGCUGCUAUUAAAUCCCAGCUGGCCGACCCUUGGCUCCCUCCAAACUGCAGGCUGCCACUGCAUGGUGAAACCCAAAACUUAGCAUUGCACAGCUUCCACGUGCAGCCGCUCAGUUUACCUCACUGUAUUAAAGAUCCAGGGAAGAAAUCACUAAAAGAGGUAAAUGACUACCAGCGAGAUUUUCUUCCUCCUGUGACGGCUCAGCUCCCCCAUAACACCUGUGUGGUGGCGUCAUUACUGGAGCAGCACACAGCUGAGCUCAGUGCGAAGCAGGAAUGGGAGAAUGAGUGGAACAGUCAAGGACUCCUGUCUCGUCUAAGUCCACAGGACUACAAGGCCAGAAAACUGACUCGAUUGCGUAAAAAAAUUGAAGAACAAUUUCGCUCUGUUGCCCUCCCCUCCGCGGAAAGUGCCUUUGGCGGUCAUGGCUCCACCUCAGAAUUGUCUGACGUACUGCAAUCCUUCAGGGGGUCAGCUUCUUCUGACCAUAUACUGACAAAAGGCUCUCACUUCACCCAUUCCCAGAAGUUUACGUUUACACAGGAAACUGAAGCGACGCCAUCUCCUGGGCAGCAGACAGAUGGUGAUGCACAGUUUAGUCAGCAGGCGGAGCUUACUGCAUUGCAGCAACAGUUUCAGCAACUGUGCAGUGAUGUGGACCAACUAACUUCAGAACUGAAGCACCUGAGUGUCACUCACGCUCAGGUACUUGAUGAGUUCAAGCAACGGGAGCGGCAGAACAAUGAGUGGGAGGAAAAGGUCAAGCUGAAGAAGAAAACCUUGGACCUGUUACCAGAUGCUGAGAACAACAUAGUGAAGCUUCAGGCUCUAGUGGAGGCCAGUGCCAAGCGGGUGGUGAAUCUUGCUUCUCAGUGGGAGAAACACCGCGCACCACUUAUCGACGAACACCGAAGACUUAAAGAAAUCUGCAGUAAUCAGGACAUGGAAUCAUCCAAAAAGCUGUCAGAAAUCAAGAUUCUACAUGAUAAAAUCCGGGUGUCAACAGAGGAGGCUAAGAAGAAGGAGGAAAUAUACAAACAGCUGGUAACAGAGUUAGAAAGUCUACCCCAGGAUGUGUCUCGGGCAGCAUACACACAAAGAAUUUUGGAGAUUGUUAGCAACAUCAAGAGACAGAAGGAAGAAAUCACUAAGAUUUUGUCUGACACUAAAGAACUACAAAAAGAGAUUAACAGCCUCACAGGAAAACUGGACAGGACAUUUGCAGUGACAGAUGAGCUUGUCUUUAAGGAUGCGAAAAAAGAUGAGUCCGUCCGCAAGUCCUACAAGUAUCUGGCAGCUCUACAUGAAAAUUGCAAUCAGUUGAUCCAAACCAUUGAAGAUACUGGUACAAUCCUGAGAGAAAUACGAGAUCUAGAGGAGCAGAUUGACACAGAAAAUAGCAACAAAACAGUGGCUAAUCUGGAGAGGAUUCUAGAAGAUUACAAGGCCAUCAGACAAGAGAAUGCGGCACUAGCCGCCAAAUUAAAGCGGGCUGACUCCGAACUUCCUACUGAUGCUCAAGUUUAAAAAAACAACUUGCUCGAUACAUGACUGAAAUUGGUCUUAGACCGAAGAAUUUGCUGUUCAUGAAUACCGCCCCCUGUGCCAUUGGAAGCUGCUUUUCUUUAAAAAGCAGGAAUAAUAUUUGUACCUCGGUAGCAUUGUUUUAGGAAGCCUGAUGCCUGAUUUUUGAUGUUAAACAUUUCCGUGGCUUUUCAUGCUUUCAGUUUUUAAACACGUGGACAAAAUUCUCUUCUGUAAAUGAAAGAAAAAAACUCAUUGGUCGCUGAAGUAACUUCAGACUGACAAAAUAGAAAUUAUAAGUAUAAAUGUACAGAAAAUAAUCGAAGCACAAAUUUAGUCCACCUGUUAAAAUUCUGUCAUUCCUUACCCUAAUCAUUAUCAACAGCAAAUGGUGCUGCCAAACCUUGCCUUCUUUGUUUAAGGGCCAUUCUCAUUGCUUGAAAAAAGUUGGGGGUAUAAUACAACAUGGUAGAUGAUCUUUUCUUUAAUACAACCAGCCUUGCCAUUUUGUCACUGAGCUAUGUUUGAACUGAAUGUUGAGUGAAUGAUAUUUGAAUGUGUCAUGCGAAUCUGUGAUUAAAUAUUAUGAAGGGUUUGAAACCUU